AUGAGGCAACUCCCCACUGGGUUCUGGGCCUGCAUCCCUUCCUUCCCGGAGAGAGCCACGCUUCUGUCAUUACCACCAGUGUCAUGCGACGCUGAUGACAUUGAAGUCGCGUCGAUGUCAUACGCCGUUCCGCGGUCCGAAUGGGAACCAGUGAAAGGCAUGAUGAUGUCCCCUAAAUUCACUGACAUUCUCUGUGACUCCGCAGUGGUGGGAGACAUGAGCGUGGGCGUUUCGUGGAUAGAGCCAAAUUACGAUCCAUCGUUUCCCACGUCACUGGAACUCGAACAUGAGUGCAAUGUCGGUCUGUUUGGGCUUUGA